AUGGAGGAAAAUCGAAGAGACUCCACAGGAACUCCUCCGCCGGUCACCGCCGUAACUCAGUCGAAGCCUCCAGAGGCUCCACCUUCGGACCAGCCGAACUCAAGGCGGAGAGGCGGUGGCCACAAGCGGAAAUCGGCCUCCAUUAAUAUUAGCAGUGGUUUAAGUAGUCAUGCCAUUUCCUCCAAGCGCCAAACCCGAGAGAAGCCAACUGCGGUGCCGUUUCCUCUGAUCCACCACAAUGGACCAUUCACCAGGGCGCGGGUGCAGCCGAACAACAACGGUGUGUCUGUGGAGCCGACGGAGCGCGUUCGCCUAGAGGCUUCGGUGAUGAUCGAGGAGCGGAUUGAAGUGAACGGAAAUUGGGAGGCUUUGGAGGCAAAGAUUAAGGCUGAUUAUGAAGCCAUUAGAUCGAGAGAUGCAAAUGUCCAUGUGGUGCCCAUUCAUGCCGGAUGGUUUUCAUGGACAAAAAUUCAUCCCCUAGAAGAGAGAAUGCUUCCCUCUUUCUUUAAUGGGAAAUCAGAGAGUAGGACUCGUGAAAUAUACACAGAGAUACGGAAUUCGAUCAUAAAGAAUUUUCAUUCCAAUCCCAAUGCACAGGUAGAGUUGAAAGAUUUAGCCGAGCUCACGGUUGGAGAAUUGGAUGCUAGGCAAGAGGUGAUGGAAUUCUUGGAUUAUUGGGGUUUGAUUAAUUACCACCCGUUCCCACACAAUGGAUCUGAUACAGUGGAUCCUGAUUCUGAAGCCAAUGCCAAUGCCAGUGCUGAAGCUGAUGAACCAGGAAAAGCAGGUUCUUUAGUUGAGAAACUCUUUCGAUUUGAAACAGAGCAAUCACGGACUCCAGUCGUUCCAAGAUUUAACCUGGGUACACAAGCUUUGUCAUCUGGACUGUUUCCCGAAUCAGUUGCUGCCGAAGAAUUGGGGAAGUCUGAAGGGCCUUCAGUUGAGUACCACUGCAACUCCUGUUCAGCAGAUUGCUCUCGCAGACGCUACCACUGCCAGAAGCAGGCAGAUUUUGACUUAUGUGCCGACUGUUUCAACAAUGGGAAGUUUGACUCAGAUAUGUCCCCAUCUGAUUUCAUUCUCAUGGAGCCUGCUGAAGUUGGUGGUGCAAGUGGUGGAAAGUGGACAGAUCAGGAAACCCUUUUACUCCUUGAAGCCAUAGAAAUUUUUAGAGAUAACUGGAGCGAGAUUGCUGAACAUGUAGCGACAAAGACAAAAGCUCAAUGUAUUUUGCACUUUGUUCAAAUGCCAAUUGAGGAUGCAUUUUUCAAUCAUGGUGAUGAAACUGAUGCAACUCCUGAAGAAAAUGGAUGUCCACUUUCCAGCAAUACUGAUACUUCAGCCUCAAAAAUUGACCAAAACGAAGAUACUUCAGCUCAUAAAGACAUCGGUGAGAAAACGGGAAAUCUAGGCAACACGAAUGACAAUCAGGCUUCAUGUCCCAUGGAAAUUUCAAAUCCAGAUGAGAAGGACAAUAAAUCAGAUGUUAAUCCUGAAGAUGGGGAGAGCUGUGCACUGAAAGCACUCAGAGAGGCAUUUGAAGCUGUGGGUUUUCAUCCUUCACCUGCAGAAAGACUAUCGUUUGCUGAAGCUGGUAAUCCAGUGAUGACAGUGGCAGCAUUCCUAGCGCGAUUGGUGGAACCUAAUAUAGCUGCUGCAUCAGUUCGUAGCUUUUUAAAAUCACUAUCUGAAAAUUCUACCAGUGAGCAGCUUGCUGCGAGGCACUGUUUCCGAUUGGAAGAUCCACCAAACAACAAUAAGAAUUCAGUUGACUCAGAAGGAGCGGCAGCUGAAACCAUUGGCCUGGAAGGACAAAAGGACGAGGAUCUUCAUGUUGAAAAGCAGAAAGUAGAAAAGUAUGAUCCAGUAGCUGGUGAGAUCAGCUCCCAAAAUGAUGAGAAUGAUAACAAGAACCAGAAUUCUGCUACAGAAGAACAAAAGCUUGUGGUCUCUCCUAGUAAUGAACACGCAGACAAAUCUUCUGAUAGUGGGGAACACCCUGAACGAAUGAUCAAUCAAGAGGAAGCCGAAACUGACCCAAUGAUUGAAUCAAGUAACCCAGAUUUGCCAGAUGAACUGUUACAAAAAAAGGCAGAAGGAUCUGCUAUUUCAACAUCAAUGAUUGAGCUUCCUCCCAAUGCUGCCAAAGAGUCAGGGAAUGAAACUUCCACAGGGGAGACUUCUCAGUCUAAAGAUCCUCCGAAAGAUGGAGAUGAAUUAUCGAACUCUGGAAUGGAAGAAACCGAGCAAUUGGUAGAACCAAAUUCAGUGACUGAAAAACAAGAAAAUACAGGUGUGGAAGAAGCAAAAGAAUGCGGUAAUGACAAGGGAGAGCCCUCUGUGAAAGAAGCAAAAGAACAUGGUAAUGACAAGAGAGAGUCCUCAAUGAAAGAAGCAAAGGCGUGUGAUAAUGAAAAUAAAGAGGACAAAGUGACCAAAGUUAAUCUUCCUAUUGAUAAGUUAAAGCAAGCUGCAUCAACUGCUCUAUCAGCUGCAGCAUUGAAGGCAAAGCUCCUCGCAGGCCAAGAAGAGGAUCAUAUUCGUGAGCUUGCUGCAUUGUUAAUAGAAAAGCAGUUACACAAACUGGAGACCAAGUUUGCUUUCUUUAGUGAUAUGGAAAAUGUGACAGUGAGGGUUAAGGAACAGUUGGAUAGGUCAAAGCAGAAGCUGCUCCAUGAGAGAGCGCAGAUUAUUGCAACACGACUUGGCAUAUCUGCUUCCUCAGCUCGUCCUAUUUCACAGUCUUUACCAACCAACAGAGUUGGAAUGACUGUUUCGAACUCGGUAUCAAGAACCUUUAUGGGCAUGACAUCCUUGAGGCCUCCAAUUUCAAGGCCAAUGAUGACAUUAAAUCCUACUUCAGGCUCUUUUACCCCUGCAAUGAUGGCAGGAAGUUCCGUGCAAACUAACCCAGAUAAGCUUUCCUCUGUUGGUACAAAGUAG